UCAUAGGUGAUCUUUGUAGAUUGUGCAGUCGCUACUCAGUGCCAUAGUUGCAGCGGAAUGCAUCGUCAACCUUAAUUUACGUGCGUGCAUUUGCAUUACGAGGGUGCGUGUUUUCGGCAGAUUAGCGACCACAAACCAUGGCAGAAGAACACUCGGAUAGCUCGCUAACGUCCAUCGACGAUGAAGAACGUACCGACAACACAGAGAACCUCUGUGAAAACCCGACCAGAGACAUCCUGACCGAAGGCUUUUUUCGACUGUUUAAGCCCGUGAUUGACGAUCUGGAUAACAAAAUUCGAGACACAAGCACCACGCAGAACGAGCUCCGGUCCGUGCUCGAUGAUUUGUCUGGUGAAAUGAAGAACCUCAACUUUGAGAACGAUCCUGUGCUGCACGAAUACUUUAAGCGAAUGGUGCGCAUAAAGCAAAAAGUGGUGGUGAUUAUGAACAUUUUGCAAGGUGCCCAAGAAAGAUUGUUGCUGCUUUGCCAGCAGCAAGAACUACAAACAGUAGAUCCAGCAACGGCCGAGCCAUAACUUUCCACUCUAUGAUUAACUAAGCGCGUGAUUGAAAUAGGAUAUAAUUGUUCUGUACAUCUCAUUAAACAUUCAUCAAUAGUACUGAGUGCGUUUAUUUCUUGAAGAAGCUUGAUAUACUUUUAGACCCACUGGCGGCCUUUGCCAACGCUUUGGACUUGGCAGAAACUUUCUUUUCCGGCGCUUGCAGCUU